UUACCUUACCUGCGCCGCCAGGUAACAUGAACAAUACCAGGCAAUUCGAAAGAGCCAAUUAGAUUGCAAGGGGGAGGGUCUUAGACAUCCAAGGGGACUGCAGUCAAGAUAUGGCGGAGACGUUCGAGUGUGGAGGGCGAUAAAUGUCAAUUCAUGAAUAUUUAUAGAAUAAACAGAACACUGCAUUGAGAAAUAGCGCGGUGUCAGGGUGGCAGCUCGGUUGGUGCAAUGCUACACGAGUAGAGAAAGCUGAAGUCAUGCAGGAAGCUCGACCGAUAAGAUAUGGAGUUGAAACCACAACAAAAAGCUGCUGUUUUUAUUCUUACCUGUAUGGGGAGAACCAGGCUAUGUAAUUCUGAAGAAACAAGCUCCAUAAACAGCUCAGCAGAGUGCAGCAGGGGGAACUGAGAUCUAUGUUUCCCAAACAAGAGGGAGUUUAAAUUAGUCGGAGGAAAAACAACAUGAAGGGAGAACGCAACUGAGGAAAGCGAUACCUGCUUGCAGCACAGAACGGCGGUGGAUUUAACAUUUAGCUGAGUGAGAUUGGAAACGAAAAGCGAGUUUUUAAAAGUAUGGAUGACUUCAGAAGGGUUGCAUUCAGAAGGAAGGGUAAUACCUGGGCACAACAUUCCCAAGAUGUGCUGUCAGGGAGGGGACAUUCGGAGGAGAGGGUGUUGGAAAAGAAAGGUAAACCGCACUGUUUCAGCUCGCAUCCCCAGGUCCCCGAUGAAGGAGCCUGUGUGGUUUUGAAAGUCUCUCAAACAAAAGUUGGCAGCAGUCCAAAACCUCCUUUACCAGAACAUAAACCGGCCACCCCAAACUCCUGGAUAGCUCAGAGUGCCGGCCGCAGAGAUGCUUCGGGGAUAAAUCGAGGAAGUCCAACCUGCAGGAUUGCAUGCCAGACAUCCAGCCCCAAGCCUCUAGUGCCUCCAAAGCCCUCUGCCCUCCAGAGUCCGGGGACGGGACUGACGAACCAGAGCAGCGGCAGCAAAGCUCCCCAAAGCGAGAGAGGCAGGAUGGAGGAGACGCCGCCGGCACCACAGGGGGGCCCCAGGGGCAAGGUGUCCCAUCUCAUCAGUCACUUUGAAGGAAGCAGCCCUUGCGAAGCGAGAAAAGAUGGUACUCCAGCUGCGAACACUCCCAAAAGUCUCGUGAAGCAACACAGCGCCACCUCCAAAUCUUGGCUCUCAUCGCACUACCCCAGACAGAAGUCAGAUCCUGUGAGGUGUAACCACAGCACAGAUGCAGCCUCGGAGCCCCAGGAUUCACAGAAACACACAACCAAUGGAGUGGUAGCGCAGAUGGAGGUGACAGAUAAAGAGGAGAUGCCCCCGUCCUCAUUCGAGAGACCAGCUCAGCAAGACAGCACCACGGCGGACAGCGCUUUAGUGAACGGAGACAGAGGGGACUUAUCAACACAAACUACAAACGCCUGCAAAGGACAGGCUAAAAAUAGCAUCAGCAGGACUCCAGACAGCCAGGCUAUAGCCCCUCUGGAUACAGAACCGGGAGUGUGUGUGGAUGGGACCAGCACAGAUGGUUCAGAACCAGAGCUGGAGAAAACGGAGGAACCUGAAAAUGAGCAAAAUAAUAAGAAAGUGGAUACCAUGGAAAUCAAGGAAACAAAUGAACAAAAAAUUUACAAGAUCGCCAGGGAACUUCUACAAACAGAAAGAGCUUACGUCACCCGGGUAAACCUCCUAGACCAGGUAUUUUGUGCCAAACUGAUGGAAGAAGCCAACAAGGGUACAUUCCCAGUGGACGUGGUAAAAAACAUCUUCUCCAACAUCUCCUCCAUCAACGCCUUCCAUGGGCAGUUCCUGUUACCGGAGCUGGAGAAGCGGAUGGGUGAAUGGACCUCGACACCACGGCUAGGUGACAUCCUUCAGAAGCUGACCCCCUUUUUGAAGAUGUACGGAGAAUAUGUGAAGAACUUCGAGCAGGCCAUGGAGCUUCUGAAGGUCUGGACAGACAGGUCUCCGCAGUUCAAAACCAUCAUCCAGGACAUUCAGAAGCAGGAGGUGUGUGGGAGCCUGACCCUGCAGCACCACAUGUUGGAGCCGGUGCAGAGAGUGCCGCGCUACGAGAUGCUGCUCAAGGACUACCUGAAGAAACUGCCGCAGGAGUCCUCAGACCGCAAGGACGCAGAGAAGUCGCUUGAAAUUAUUGCUACUGCUGCCACGCACUCAAAUAGCGCAAUUCGAAAAUCAGAGAAUCUGAAGAAGCUUCUGGAGGUGUACGAGAUGCUGGGUGAUGAGGAGGACAUAGUCAACCCUUCCAAUGAGUUAAUUAAAGAAGGACAGAUCCAGAAGCUUGCAGCCCGCAACACCUCCGCCCAGGAACGAUACCUGUUCUUGUUUAACAACAUGUUGCUGUACUGUGUGCCAAAGUUCAGCUUAGUGGGACAGAAGUUCACCGUCCGGAACAGGGUGGGCAUUGAUGGCAUGAAGGUGCUGGAGACCCUGAAUGAAGACUAUCCACACACAUUCCAGGUGUCUGGGAAGGAGCGGACACUGGAGCUCCAGGCCAGCUCUGAACAAGACAAAAUCGACUGGAUAAAGGCCUUCCAGAAAACAAUAGAUAUCUUUAAUAAAAAGAACGAGACCUUCAAAAUGGCCAUAGCAAAGGAACUGGAGGAGCACCCUCUUGAAGUUUCGACUGCAGAGCUGGGGAAAAGAGCCCCGCGCUGGAUACGAGACAACGAAGUGACCAUGUGUAUGAAGUGCAAGGAGCCCUUCAACGCGCUGACCAGGAGGAGACAUCACUGCAGAGCAUGUGGAUAUGUUGUGUGCUGGAAAUGCUCAGACCACAAAGUUCCGUUGGAGUACGACAACAAUAAAAUCAACAAAGUUUGCAAAGACUGCUACUUAAUUUUAAUGGGACGCUCCGACAGCGAGGAGAAGAAUGACAGUAAGAAGAAAGGAAUUUUGGAGAUUGAGGCCGCUGAGGUCUCUGGAAACAGCAUUAUCUGUGGCUUCCUGCAAUAUUUAGAGAAGACAAAACCAUGGCAGAAAGCUUGGUGCGUCAUCCCCAAAAACGAAGCACUGGUUUUGUAUUUGUACGGAGCCCCACAGGAUGUGAAAGCCCAGGCGACGAUUCCUCUGCUGGGGUACAUGGUGGAGGAGAGCCAGCGCAGCGGGGACCUGCCACACAGUUUCAAACUGACCCAGUCCAAGUCUGUGCACAGCUUCUCAGCAGAGAGUGAGGAUCUCAAAAACAAGUGGCUGAAGGUCAUCAAGCUGGCAGUGAAGGGGGACUUCACCAAGCCUGAACCCGAACCCAGCGCAGACCCUGCAGCCUCACUGGAAAGCCCGCCAGACAGUCUCUGAAACACAGUGUCCUGUGAAUGUGCUUUGGGCUUUCAAUACGAUCCACUGUCUGCUGUUUGCUCCGUAGACAGAUUUCGUUUUCUUCUCAUCCACCUCCAAUCUCAACAAUACAAUCUGAUCAAGUACUGAUACGAUAAUUAGUUAUUUUAGUAAGUUUGUAUAUUUUAACACUAGGAAUGAGAAGAAGAAAAAAUGAGUUGUUUGGAUGGGCCAACCUCUGGAUGUGCACCAAGACUGGCCAUUGUAAAAACGUCAGCUGGGAACACUUGCAGUAAGACAAAGAGAUGACAUCCUGAACAUAUUUCUGACAUUUUCUUAUUCAUAUAACUUGGUGCUUCAGCUGGCUAUGGUCUUGUCUUAUCUCAGUAAUCCCCAAUAAUGCACAAGCUUGCACAAGAACAAGGAAGAGCUUCUACAGCAAAACAGUGGAGUUGCUUUGAAUGCUUCUUUCAAAUCAUCUGUGGUCUUUGUUUUGUGCUGCAAGUCAGUUUUUUAAAAGCUUUUCUUGCAGCAAAGAAAUUCCUGCAAGUAUUAGAUGCAGCUCUGAAAUGCAACUUUCCUCCAGUGACAUUCAGAUUGGGGAUUUUAAGCUUAGAUGACCAGACCCUAGAUUUAUCCAUCCAUCGGUCUGACUAUUGAUAUCUACCUGUGGCCGCAGAGUGGACGUCCUGCUGACAUUACAUGAACAUUAUGUAAAAGUAUAUUGCUUUACUUGUCACCCAGUCCUUAAGUUACUUUAAAACUGAAUCUGCUCUAAAACAACCACAAUCCAUCCACAAGUUAGGGAACAAUUGAUAAAAUGAAUUGAUUUUGAAAAAGUACACUGGCUGUGUGGCAUGUUAUCCUUACUCUGUGUUGCCAUAUAUAUAAAAAUGAUCACUUCUAAAAUUAUUUAAAUUGCAUAGCCAAUGGAGUUUAUGAAGUGCGGAAAGGUAGCUAAAGACAGUGGUAGCCCACACUGGAGAGUGCACCCCAAUCACACGCCUACAAAGGAAUUGGAUUGCAAUAAAUGUUGACAAUACAUCAAAGGCACAAUCACGAACCCCUGAAAUUAAAAUACAGCAUUUAAUUGAACUAAUUGAUACCACAUUAGUGUGGAAUUGCAUUAUUAGCAAACUGUAGAAAACUUUUAGUUUUCACUUUUACCAAGUUGUCCAGUCUCCUUUUCUAAGUUAAGUUAUUGAAUAUGUUAGUAUUUAUACAGUAAAGAAAUGAGAAAUGGGCUGGAUUUUUGACAUGUGAAUAUAUGGUUCAUGAACAAGUUUAUGUGCCUCCUUGUUUAGACAAUAUAUAAAUUCCAAAUAAAUUAAUAAAUGCCAUAUUUUGAAUCUUAAAAAAAAGAAAGAUAUAUUACAUACUGAGUAUAUGUUCCCAACUUUUAAGUUUUUUUUGUUGCUGCUGUUGUUGUUGUUGUUGUUGUAUUUUGUAAUGUUCUUCCGUCUCUUCAGCCCCAAUGUAAUUACAGUACUAAUGAUUUAAAUAUAUGUAUAGUUUGUUCUUGUCUUGCCAUUCAUUUAAGUCUGUUAAUUAUUGGGUGUUUUUAAAUAAAAAAAAAAACAACAACAAAAAAAGAAACUUUGAAUGUAAAAUAAUAGAUUGUAUAUACAUAUAUGGCCGUGAUUGUCAGAUUAUUUGAAAAAUUACACACUUUAAAUGGUCAAAAUGGACAAAAUGUGUACCUUGUAAAAUAAACUGUAAAGUGAUUCUGUCUAUGUAAUUCA